CAGUCGGCUAAGGCGAAAAUGUGCUGAAAAGCAACAUGAAAAACACACUGUCUUAUCAAUAUUCAUGAAUGCUCUCUUGUUGUUGUGUGCCCAUAGGCGAAGGAGCGCGCGAUAAAACGUCACAUUCGAUCUUUAUUAUUUCCAAUUGGUGCAAGAUUAUUUUGUUACAAUGUAUACGGCAACACAAAAGUCAUUAUCACUAUUUAAGUCAAUGUUUGGAGGUCUGGGGGCAAGCAAUAGCGUUCGUCUAAGCUCUCACUUUGUAUACCAGGCCGAUGGGAAGGCUCCCGUUGAUGGACCAACCACAAAACUAAAUAUGUUCCAAGCAAUUAACAAUGCUAUGGAUAUUGCCUUGAAGGAGGAUGACUCGGCAGUUAUUUUUGGGGAAGAUGUGGGUUUUGGUGGUGUGUUUCGAUGUUCAUUAAAUUUACAAAAAAAAUAUGGUAAGGAUCGUGUAUUUAAUACGCCAUUGUGCGAACAAGGAAUCGUUGGUUUUGGAAUUGGGAUUGCAAAUACUGGUGCAACGGCCAUAGCCGAAAUUCAGUUUGCUGAUUAUAUUAUGCCGGCAUUCGAUCAGAUUGUAAACGAAGCGGCAAAAUAUCGUUAUCGCAGUGGAAAUUUAUUUGAUUGUGGAUCACUAACAAUUCGAGCUCCGUGCGGUGCUGUUGGUCACGGUGCUCUUUAUCAUUCACAAAGUCCCGAAGCUUAUUUUGCCCACACACCUGGCUUGAAAAUCGUCGUUCCCCGCGGUCCAAACAAAGCCAAAGGCCUUCUUUUAGCUUGCAUAAAGGAUAAGGAUCCGUGCAUAAUAUUCGAACCAAAAACAUUGUAUCGAGCUGCAGUCGAAGAAGUACCUGAUAAAUCAUUUGAGUGUCCAAUUGGAAAAGCGGAUAUUUUACGAAGUGGCAAAGAUGUGACGCUCAUCGGCUGGGGAACACAAGUGCAUGUACUUAAAGAAGUGGCCGAAAUGGCAAAAAAGGAACUUGAUAUUGAUUGUGAAGUGAUCGAUUUGGUGUCAAUAUUACCAUGGGACAAAGACACUGUUUGCAAUUCAGCUAAAAAGACUGGUCGCAUUAUUGUGGCCCAUGAAGCUCCGCUUACUAACGGUUUCGGUGCAGAAUUAGCAGCUACAAUUCAAGAGGAUUGUUUCCUAUACUUGGAAGCGCCAGUACAACGUGUAACCGGUUGGGAUACACCAUUCCCGCAUGUUCACGAACCAUUCUAUUUACCAACCAAAUAUCGAUGUCUAUCCGCAAUCAAAAAACUAAUAAACUACUAAGCAAUUUGUUGAGUUGCAUGCGAAAACCAAAGAAAUGUUGUUGAAACACAAGAUGUACGAACAAAAAUUGUUAUGACUGCCAACCCAUUGAAUGGAUGCAUUUUAUUUAUCAUGGAAAAAUAAACGAUUUCUUUUACUACGAAAAA